AGCUCACACCAUCCUGCAACACGCCUUCAACCUUGGGGGGCCUUUAAUACCACCGUGUCGCCCUCGCCUCACUACCGAGCCAGGCCAACUCACAAAUUGCGCCAACGCGAAACCAUGCCGGUAAAGAAGACGGUGCUCAUCACGGGCUGCAGCGCCGGCGGCAUCGGCGCCAGCCUGGCCCUCGAGUUCCACCGGCGCGGCUUGCACGUCUUCGCGACCGCGCGCAGCGUCGACAAAAUGUCGGCCCUCGCCUCGGCGGGCAUCACCUGCCUCGCACUCGACACCACGUCUGCCGAGUCCAUCGCCGCCGCCGUGGCGCAGGUAGACAAGGCCAUCUCCGGCUCCGGUGUCUCCGCUGGCGGGGGCCGCAGCAGCAGCACUGGUGGUGGGCUGGACUACCUGAUCAACAACGCGGGGAUAGUCCACGUCCGGCCCUUUCUCGACUCGACCAUGGACGAGAUCCGGCGCGUCAUAGACACCAAUCUGGUCGGCGUCAUGGCCGUGACUCACGCCUUCCUGCCCAUGCUCAUCCGCGCGAGGGGCGUCAUCGCGACGAUCGGCAGCAUCAACGAGGUCUUCCUGCCCCCGUUCCAGACGUCGUACAACGCGACCAAGGCCGCGGUGCACGUAUGGAGCAAUUCGCUGCGCAUGGAGCUCAAGCCGCUGGGCGUGAGGGUGGUCACGGUCGUCACGGGCGCGGUGAGGAGCAAGUUGAUGGAGAACGAGGCGGAGCGGAACGCUGGUGGUGGUGGUGGUGGGCACGAUGGCAAAAGCGAGCCGUUUCCGGAGGGGAGCUACUACAAGCCGUGCGAGUCAUGGAUUCGGGAUAGGGAGUUCCUCAAGACGGCUCAGUGGCAGGAGACUGAUGCGUACGCGCGGGAUGUGGUGGCUGCGCUGCUCAAGGAGGAGCCGAAGCACACCCUGUGGAAGGGAGGGAUGGCAACGAUCGCGUGGAUGGUCAACUUGCUGGGGUGGGAGGGGAUGAUGGACGGCGUCUUCAGCAACCAGAGCCGGCUCAAUCAGAUCAAGGUAUGAUAAUGAGCGCCUGGCAGCACACUUUUUGAGCCUGUCAACGGAAACAAUAAUCAUGGUAGAGAUGCAAGGCUACAUAAUGAAACACUUGCUAUGCCUUCGACGUGCAUGCGCUCACGGCCGGCCAUGAUAGAGUAGAGCUAGGGAAGCGUAUACCAUUCGGACUACUCUAGCUUAGGAAACACGUAUGAGCU